AUGAGCGAGGCAAGGGAAACAGUCGCGGUUGUAGAUCACGAGCUCCCCCGCAAGCGCUCCUCUAAAGCAUGCGAGGCCUGCCGCGCGCGCAGAAUCAAAUGUGUCGGCCCACCGCCGUGCACACCCUGCCGUACCGCCGGUAUCGGGAGCAGCUGUACCGUUCGGCUCAAGGCGCGUCCAAAACGCGCGCCGAGCGCCAAGCUCUUCCUCCGCCAUCAGAACCACGACGCUGUGGAUCCACCACGCGAGUUGCAUGAUCCCCUUUCCAGCGCGUCGUACGCCGAACCAAUCUUCCUCGACAAGCGUAAUCCGCUCGACGAGCUCGAGGCCGCACUUGCCGGAUGGUGCCGCAACAAGGGGUUGCCCUUCUCCCAGCUCGUGUUCAAGGUGGACACCCGUUUGGCUGGCAUCCCUUCCACUCCAUUGCCUCCACAGCCCCUGCUCACCAAGUAUGAGGAUGUACUCAUGGAGCAGCUGCUUCACGAGCAAGGGGGCGACUUUGAUUCGCGCGAACCGCCGAGCGACCGUACCCUCCUGCGAUCGUUGUAUGGUCGGUACCGGGCAAUGCCUAACAGCCUUACCGACGACCAGACGGCGCUUGUGUAUGCUGCGCUAUGUACGAGCCGCUUUGCGCAGAUCCGCGUCGCCAUCAGCGAGGGCGAGAACCUCACGCUGACGGACGAGAGCCGCGAGGAUAUUACGUACUACCACAAGGCGUACAACGCGUUGGCGAGCUGGAAUCGGCCCAGUCUGGUGGCUUUAUGGGCGAUCUUCUACCUCAUCCCGUUCUCGAUCGGCAUGGGCGGGCCUGCCGAGACGAAGGAUCUGCUGCAGCAGAUGGCGUGGCAGGUCAAAGAGCUGGGUCUGCAUCGCCGUGAGACCGCGAGCCUGUACCAGCCACAUGACCAAGUCGGCGCGCUCUUCUCUGCUUUCUUCUACACCGAGAUGUUCCGAAGUUCUCUUAUGGACCUGCGGCCCGCCAUCCCGUUCACUGAGAUCGACGUGGACCCGACACCUCCAGCGACAAUGUUCCCCGAAUGUCUCGCGCGCUCGUCGUUCUUCACCGCCAAGCUCCUGGCUGAUUACGGGGACCCUCACGUGGACACGAGCAACCUCGCGUACAUCACCGCAACCGAGGCUGCGUGGAUGCCGUAUGUCCGCGAGAUGCGGCACGUAUCGUACCUCGAGGCGGGUCAGCGAGCCAAGCUCGCAUGGGCCCAGUUCCGGUACAACUGGCUCCGCAUCCUCCUCUACCUUCCACAUAUCGGACGCGAGGGUCUCGCCCCGCAGGCGUGGGCCACGAUAACACGCGCCGUUGAGCAGAUCAUGUACAGCUACUCGGACCUGAUCAGCGUCAACCAGCUCAACCCGUCCUGGCCGCAAGUGCAGCGCCUGGUAGUGUGCGGGCAGCUCCUCAUCCUGGCUCACGACGCGGGUGAGCUGCACCGCCGCGAAGCACAGACGCUCUUCCAGCUCCUGCACGACCUGCUGCUCAAGCACCAGGACACAUGGCCGAUCUGUGCCGAGCUCAUCAUCGGGUUCAAAGCUGUCGCAUGCGUGUUUGAUCUCAACGUUGGACCCGAGCGCUCUGUACCGUUCCUCCCCGUCGACGGCGCUGUUGUCGACCCGCAGGUCGACGGAUGGCCAUACGCCUUCGGCUUUGACUUUGACCUCUCGACGUUCGCCUUUACUUAG